CUUUUUAAAUGUAGUUUGUUUAAAUUUAGAUUGUGCUGGGACCUUGUAGAGAUUCAGAAUGUGAAGUGAAUGUUGUAGAAAUUGAAACAACUGAUUAUGAAGAUAAUGUAAUUACUGCAACACUUGCAGUACUCCAGUCAACAAGGGAAAAAAGAUUUGCUGAGACACAAUUAGAUAUAAUGAUUCCCAGACAACAAGUGACGUUAAAGUUGGUUGAAGGAUCCGGACCUGUAUCAAUUUUUGGGCAUCAUGUUACAGUCUUUCCAGAUUAUUCUGAUGAUGAUGAUGAUGAUUAUGAUGAUGAAGAGGAUGAGGAGGAGGAACAGAAUGAAGAAAAGGAAGAUGAAAUAAAAAUGAAAACUAAAAAAGUCUCUCUUGUAGAUGUGUCUGAAAAAUUGCCUAAAAAAAGAAAGGUUUCUAAAUCUGAUGGAUUGCCAAAAAAGGAUGAUGAUGAUGCAGAUAAUGAGAGUGAAGAAGAUGAUGCUGAUUAUGAACAAGAAUCAUCACCAGAAAAGCCAAAGAAGAGAAUUGAUACUCCUAGUAAAAAGAUGAUCAAAUCUACUCCUUCAAAGAAUAAAGAUAAGAAAGUAAGUUUUUAUUUUUUAGUGUUUUUAGUGUCUAAUAUUAAUUCAUGAUGACACUAUUGAAAAAUCUAAGUGUCAGUUUACAAGGACAACAGUCUUCUGAAAAAAAAUUGUAAGUCAGUAGUGAGCAAACUUUUCAAUUGUCAGGCCAUUAUUUGUGGCCUACUUACCUACAAUUUAUAUUUACACAGUAAAAGAUACAUUUCUAUAAAAUAUCACUUUUGUAUAUUGUCAAAUGAUUAUGGGCUGAAUUUGGCCAAGGAAUCUAAUUUGGACACCACUGAUGUAGGUAAGGCAAAUUGUUUUUAAUUUGCUUUAUUAGAUAACUAAUACAAUAACAAGCAUGCAAUAUAACUUGCUUACUGACUUGCAAAAACAAAAUAUUUAGUAAUUUUUAAAAUCUGUCUUUUUAUUUAUUAAAAAAAAAGUCUCUU